AUGAAUACAUUUGAAAUGCCAACUCAAAGUAAGGGAUCCGAUGAAAUUCUACCAGCGAUAACAGUCCUGGAGAAACUGCCCUCUCCUGAGAGCGGUGGCCGCAGGGGACGCGGCCUCAGCCGUUUCCGAGUCAGCCUUCUCUCCUUCUUUACCCCGUCGCUCUUAUCAGUCAAUGUCACAAAAUAUUCCAUUUGUGGUGGUGUCACUGUGUUCACAGGUAAGGCAAACUGCCCUUACUAUGCCAAAGCCGAACUCCUGGCUGACUAUCUCCAGACUAACUUGCCAGACUUCAGGGUUCACAAGAUCACUCAGCACCCUGGCAAAUGGGAGCAGUGGCUUCGUGACAUUUGUGAAACGAAUGGAUGGGAACACAGUCAGUCUCCUAUCAUUUGGAGAGAACUGUUGGACCGUGGAGGGAAGGGCCUGCUUCUGGGAGGAGUUAAUGAUUUUCUGGAAUACGCUCAGCACUAUUACGGCAUCACCUCAAUGAUGUUGAAUGAGGAAAUGUUAGACAUUGCUGAAGAGAACCUGCAGGCGCAUAUUGAAAUUGAAAAGGAGGAGGAAGAGAUUAAAAGUCUUAUUAAGCCUUUGCAGAUCUGGAUCACCAGUGCGUCAGCUCCAAUCUGUUAUCAGCUGAUCCCUCUGUUGGCAAAUGGAGAAGUGUUUGGGAUGACCACAGAAAUCAGUAUACAUUUGCUUGACACUGACCAGUUUAAGGAAGUUCUUUGUGGUAUUGUAAUGGAAGCUGAAGACAUGGCGUUCCCACUCCUCCACAGUAUUUCAGAGCACACUGAAAUAGAUGAGGCUUUUAUUCAAGCUGAUAUUAUAAUUGUUCUUGAUGAUGUCCUCUUAGACCAUGACGUCCAAUCCCUUGAGAACCACAUCAGAGAAGUGAGUGAGAUCUGUCAAGUGUAUGCUCCCCUGAUUGAGAAGAAUGCCAAGAGUGAGGUCAGAGUAAUUUCAUCAGGAAAAACCUUUGUAAACCUUAAGGCAAUGAUGAUUAUGGCAUACGGCCCGUCCAUUAAGCCUGAAAAUGUCAUUGCCAUUGCGACACCCUGGGAAAGCGCAGCUAAAGCCAUGCUGGCCAGAAAGCUGAAUAUGAGCGCAGCAGGAGUUAAAGAUGUGAUUAUUUGGGGCAAUAUUACUGGCUGUAAUUACAUUGAUUUGUCACAUGCAAAACUUUAUGGAUAUGACUGUGCUAUUUGGGGCCCAGCUAAUUUUCCACGUCCUUUGUUGAAUAUGAUUUAUGAUAGUGAAUGGAUCCAUUCAGAAUUUCUAUCUGCACAGAGUUCACUGAGUUCCCGGGUCUGUCAUUGUGGAGGAAUGUUACCUGCUCAUGCAGUAGCCACUGUACUGAGAUACUGGUAUCAUGGGUCUCCUCCUGGGGAGAUCGUUUCUCUGGGAGUACCUACUGAAGGUCAAUUUUGCGUUCCUGAAGGAAUUGUCUUCUCUAUGCCAGUGAGGUUCCAGAAUGGUAACUGGGAAGUCAUGACACAAUUAGAAAUUAGUGAAACGACCCAAGAAGUUCUGGGACGCUUAGCCCAUGAGCUGAUUGAGGAGAAGCUGAUUGCACUAAAGGAAAUAAAACAAAUGCAUCCUUAUGGAGCUGAUAAAAUCACUAGUAAAAAAUAUUUGUGUCAAGUACCAAACAGUUUAUUCAGUAUCUUUAGUCAAUAA